AUGGUGUCGCCUACAUCGUCGCCAUCGUCCUCCGCGACAACCGUUGUUCCAGCUCGAUGUGACCCUUGCCACACCGCACAAGAUCCACAGUUGGAAGUCCGAACCCCUGAGCCUUUCGCGGCCAUCAGCACAUCAGCAUCACAGCGCAGCGCAGGGUGCGUUACUUGUCGGGAACGCAGCAUCGAACGCGGUGAAAUUCCGUCUUUCUGCGACUGUACCAUAACGCGUCUCGAAUACGAGGACUACAAGAGAGAUGGAUCACGUUCAGCGUCGAGCAGCCGAGCCCUGGGUCAAAGUUUUUCUGGAACAAAGACACGGCUCGAGGCUGGCGUUUGCGGUACAGCGAUUCAAUUCCGAGCCAACGGGAAGCAGAGCAACGCCACGUUGGGUGGUAUUGUCAAGCUCGUAUAUAAGAAUGGAAGCUUUGAUUUGAAAGGACUUACGGUAGCUCACGCAGCUGUUGCAUGCCUCGAUGAUGAGUCAUUGGGUGUUUCGGCCUUGUCCAUUUCUUCAUGCGAAGAUAAAGAUGAUGAUAAUGACUCUUCUAUGGACGAAGACUGGGAUUCAUACAACAAGAAUUCGGAAGAUGCGCAUAUGCUCGACCUCGGCAAUGAGCGCAGCACUCACAAGAGCCGCAAGCAACACGAUCCCUGGGUAUUCGAGAAUCCCCAUACUAUUGGUGAAGCGUGCUUAGCCCAAUCGAUGCUUUCAACGUUAAAGGGCGAGCCUACCGAGAAUGGCUCAUUUUUUGACUGGGCUCUCACUCCGCUCUCUGUCGCGAAGAUGAACCAACUGGCUGAUACUGCAUAUCAGCAAGGUAGCCGCCUGAUAAGGAAGAUUCGUCAAUUUGCCCUUCAUGCCACUUGGUUUUCUAGCGAGCCGGUGGUUAUCAUGUGUGGCUCAAGUGUCAAGCGUGGGCGCCUAUUGCCAGAGCCCUCGAGGAUUCUCAUAAGCCCCGGUUUGGGGUUUGUCACAGCAUACAUGAUAGAGCUUUCUGGCCAGGGGAUUCUUUCUGACGGCGACUCGGGAUCAUGGGUCAUAUCAGAAGAUACUCAGGAUCUUCUUGGCCAUAUUGUGGCUACAGAUGUGCUCGGUACUGGCUACUUCAUUCCUGCCGAGGACAUCUUCAACGAUAUCGUUCGAAAUCGUCUUGCCGUGGCGGUUACUCUUCCUACUGUCCACGAUUUCAGACUCAAGAAGAAUGAAGCUCAAGGUGGGAUAAACGCCAUGGAGACGAAGGGCCGACACAGCGGUAGUAGCGAGGGCAAGCAAGCGACUGUGUUACCUUAUUUGGACGGCCCCGAGUUAUCUUAUAGGGACGACCUCAAGUUCCCUUAUUUGGACGACAUCGAGAGCCUGAAUAGCUUCAGAGGUAUGGUCACUUGGAAUGUAGGUAUGAAACGAACGCCAAAGCCUCAGACGCGGGCAAAGAGAGGGUAG